AUGUCCAACUGUUUUCUAUUUCUGUCUGCAUCUUUGUCCAACUCCUUUCUGUCUCCCAAUGUCCAACUCUUUUCCCCCAAUUCUAUGUCUCAUCUGUCUGUCCAACUCUCUAUUUCUGUCUGCAUCUGUCCAACUCUUUCCCCUGCAUGUCCAACUCUUUUCUAUUUAUUUCUGUCUCCAUCUCUCUAUGUCCAACUCUUUCCCCCUUCCCCAAUGUCCAACUCUUUUCUGUCUGCAUCUGUCUCCAACUCAUUUCUGUCUGCAUCUGUCACACUCUCCCUCUAUGUCCAACAUUUUCUAUUUCUGUCUGCAUCUGUCUCCCUCUCCCUCUAUGUCCAACUCUUUCUAUUUCUGUCUGCAUCUGUCACCCUCUCCCUCUAUGUCCAACUCUUUCUAUUUCUGUCUGCAUCUGUCACCCUCUCCCUAAAUGUCCAACUCUUUCUAUUUCUGUCUGCAUCUGUCACCCUCUCCCUAAAUGUCCAACUCUUUCUAUUUCUGUCUGCAUCUGUCUCCCUCUCCCCCAAUGUCCAACUCUUUCUAUUUCUGUCUCCAUCUGUCUCCCUCUCCCUCUAUGUCCAACUCUUUCUAUUUCUGUCUGCAUCUGUCUCCUCUCCCUCUAUGUCCAACUCUUUCUAUUUCUGUCUGCAUCCUCCAACUCUUUCCCUCUCCUCCCUAUGUCCAACUCUUUCAUUUCUGUCUGCAUCUGUCUCCCUCUCCCUAUGUCCAACAUUUCUAUUUCUGUCUGCAUCUGUCUUCCCUCUCCCUGUCUGCAUCUGUCCAACCCUUUCCAUUUCUGUCUGCAUCUGUCUCCUUCUCCCCAAUGUCCAACUUUUUAUUUCUGUCUGCAUUUCUGUCUGUCCAACUCUGUCUCCUGCAUCUGUCUCUAUGUCCAACUCUUUUUGUCUAUUUCUGUCUGCAUCUGUCACCCUCUCCCUAAAUGUCCAACCUUUUCUGUCUGCAUCUGUCUUUCCUGUCUGCAUCUGUCUGCAUCUGUCUCCUUCUAUGUCCAACCCUUUCUAUUUCUGUCUGCAUCUGUCGCCCUCUCCCCCAAUGUCCAACACUUUCUAUUUCUGUCUGCAUCUGUCACCCCCAACUCUCCCUAAAUGUCCAACCCUUUCUUUCUGUCUGCAUUUCUGUCUGCAUCUCCCUCCUCUGUCUGCAUCUUCAUCUCCCCCAAAUCCAACCUUUCUAUGUCCAUCUGUCUCCCAACCUUUUCUUCUGCCCCCUCUCCCUCUUUCUGUUUAA